AAUGCUGUUCAUGAAUGCAAUUUUCAGUAAGAAAAUUUAGUAUUGAAAGCAAAACCUACAUGACGGAAGCUAGUAAAUAAUCAAGCUCUAAUUCAAGGUAGAAAGGAUUUUUGUGGUAAAUAAUUCAAACGCAUUCCCAUACAAUCUCCCACUGAAGAUAAACAAUAAAGAAAAUAUAGAUUAAAAAUGAAGAUAAGUCCAACGCUCAUAUUGUCACUCAGUAUUUUCUUCAUAAGAUUUCAUAAUACAAUGAGCAGUAACUGGGAACGGGUUCGUCUUCGUGUCGAGACUAAAGAGGGCCUCGACCCGGUUACCAAUAAUACUGUCAGCGCCGAUGUACGAACCAUUUCCGCUCACAUAUUAGACACCACAUUGGGCCAGGCUGCAGCCAAUGUGAAUAUUACAAUUUACCGCCUAGAAGGCGAAAAUCAAUGGGAAAAAUUGAAUAAGGCACGAACGAAUCAAGAUGGUCGAGUAAGUCAGCUAGUGAGCGGAGUUCAAUACAAAGCCGGCAUUUACAAGCUACAUUUUGAUGUUGGGCCUUAUCACGCAGAACGUGGAGUUAAGAGUUUUUAUCCAUUCAUUGAGAUUGUCGUGCAGUGUGAACAGGAUCAACACUAUCAUAUACCGUUACUUUUGAACCCAUUCGGUUAUACAACCUAUCGAGGUACUUGAAGGGUGUAUGAUGAAGCUGGCAUAAAUAAAAUUAAAUUUCCAUUAAUUUUUUUUUUAUAACUGAUGAAAUGGGCAGUAAAUAAACAAAGUAUAGCGUGUGUGCUGUGUAUAAA